CACGUAAAUCCGACGGCCAGGAAGGAAACCCUCGCUCCAGCGGGCGCCCUUAUAACCAGCACUGCCUUGCGCCGGGCCAAACCCUAGCCUUGCCUCUCCUCUCCCGCGCCGCCGCCGCCGCUUUCGCCCUCCUCGCGGUCCAGCCGUCCGUCGAGGUAACGUCAGCAUGGUGAGGGUCAGUGUGCUCAACGAUGCGCUGAAGUCCAUGUACAAUGCUGAGAAGAGGGGGAAAAGGCAGGUCAUGAUCAGGCCGUCGUCCAAGGUUAUCAUCAAGUUCUUGAUGGUCAUGCAGCGUCAUGGCUACAUUGGUGAGUUCGAAUACGUGGAUGACCAUCGUGCUGGGAAGAUUGUGGUGGAACUGAAUGGAAGACUAAACAAAUGUGGUGUGAUCAGCCCUCGCUUUGAUGUUGGUGUAAAGGAGAUUGAAGGAUGGACUGCCAGGCUGCUCCCAUCUCGUCAGUUCGGCUACAUAGUGCUGACAACUUCUGCUGGUAUUAUGGACCAUGAGGAGGCCCGGCGGAAGAAUGUUGGUGGCAAGGUGCUAGGUUUCUUCUACUGAAGGGAGUAUGAUGAAAGUAUUAGGAUAUUUCCGAGAACUCAUCUGAGCUUGUGUUUUUUGGUCUCGAAUAGAGCGCCUUGUUUAGAUUCUGGAAUGUGUUAUGUACUUCAGAAAUUGGGAACCUUGUUAUGAGCUGUGCCUGCCGUUAAUUAUCAUGACCUAUAUGCCUGUCUUAUAUUUUUCAUCUUGCCAUCUCAAAGGAACACUAAAAUUUCUUCC